CUAUCGAAGCGCACAGGACGCAGACGGAUUUGCAGGCCAUCCUAGCCGCAUUCUGCGAUGCAACAGUCGAACGUCGCACGGAUCCACCUGGGAAUCCUCCCAGAUUUGCUGAGAUUCAGGGUGACACAAGCACACCUUUUCUUUUUCUGUCUGCUGGUCGACGCAGAAAUCAAGAUCCAGGACCGAGCGUAGUGCAUAUGCACGAAUGAAACGAGACUCGGCCACGGACUGGUGGCAUGGAAGGAUCGUCUGGCCUAGAUUAAGGUAGGAUUAGGGGUUAUGGGAGGUUUUCACCGGGUGUGUUGGGAUGUGGGAAAUAGGAGCGGCUACUACGCAGUACAUAGUAUGUUCGGGAGUAUGGUGUACCUCGGACUGAGGAUAUAUAUCGAGGAAAAGAACGCGAUCCACUGCAGAUUGGACCGUACGAUCCCAGGUAAUAACCUUAACCGCCGAAGUGGCAUGCAAGGAGCAUUACACGUCAGGGACGAGUGGUACGAUGGCAUCGCGACGCUCACCGACGCCGCGCAGGAAGUGCCAUCAUCUGAUGCCAAGCGGUGGAUUGAUUGCCGGAUAAUCCGACCGUCGCUGGGCCCAAUUCCGAGUGAUUUCUGCCGGCAACUCUGGGUAUUCCGCACUAGGAGAAUUACGCAGAUAGGGUCUAGAGAGUCGAUCAUAGUCAGAUGGUAAAUAGUAAAUAGUACUACCUCUAGAGGACACUGGAGACGCAAUCCGCGGAGAAUCGAUCGACAUGAGUGGCUGACUCAGCUCAGGAGGCAUCCGGUAAUACCGGCGUACGG